GGUGGCAACCUUUCUCCACUGCGUCAUCAGCUGCCAUCGCACACGUCGCACACCUCACGACACGGCUCUGCCUCUCCACCCUCACGACAACCCAGAGGCAGCCCAGUGCUGUCUGUAGGGCACGCUGAGACGACCGACAUUAAGGUGCCUGGCAGAGACUGUGCGAGCUUUGAAAAGCAUGAGUUUACACUUCGAUCGUCAUUGCAGUACAAGCAGCUCGUUCGAUGCAGAAGCGUACCCCUUGUGGCCGCGAGGACGCCAUCGCAUCCGGGCCGAGGCCCUGAGCACAGUGGCGGUAGUAGUGGUAGUGGUAGUGGUAGUAGUGUGAGCUGCUUUGUCUCACUGACAACGGCGACGCCGACUCUCAGCUGCAAAGCCACCACCACUGUCAGAUCCAGUGGGCGGGCAGGCACACGCUUCUUGCCACACCCUGUCGCAUUGACCAGGAGACGGUCAGGCGCCGACUCUGCGGGGGUGCCGCGGACCUCGGCGGAGAACCUCUGGAGCAAAUAUCGAGUCCACUGUGCACUGGCCCAGGUGACCCACUCAACACUGUGGUCUUCCCCGUGACACCAAGCAGAAGUGCUGGCAUCACCUCUGCUCUAUUUUAUUCAGUGUCGAGCGGCUUUCUUCGCGCUUGCGCGGACCUCUCCAACUUUCCUGGCAAAAACAUUUGCCGGCGUCGGCACUGUAGUCAAGAACCAGUGCGCUCACUGCAAGGUGGCGGGGGAGGUGCUGUAUCGGUGCCACUGCAGCACCACCCUGUCAACACGCGCACUCACCCUUUCACAAAUCGCUCUGCUGUCACGUUGUGUGCGCCAUUCGACCGGCGACGCGGCGGUGCGACUGGUGCCGUACGCCCUCGCAGACCCUGCGUCAGUGGAGGUGUGGCUUUGCCUACUACUGCGACACGCGCUACCAACGCGCAGGUUGGCCGUACCGUUGCACUGUCUGCAUCACUGGGAGCAGCAGGGCUCCGGGGACUCACUCGUGGGUGGGCGAACACGGCGCGCGAGGCGUGAGGUCGCCACUCAGAGGGUGCACUAACCGAUCAAAGCUCCGAUGAGUAAGCCUACCGGGAGAGGUGUCGGCACCACGGCGACAGACAAUGCGGCUGGGAUAGUCUUCAAUUGCCACACAGGCCUUCAUGGCCGGCACUUCUGGUUCGACAGCGACAGGGAGGAGAACGUCUUCUCCGGGGUUUCCACCCGGUCAUUGCUCACGACUGCUGGGGACGCCAUAGCGACAUCGAAGGUGGCGCCUCGUCAGCGCUUUCACGUCUGCCCACUCUCGGGGCGCGGGUCGCGGGUGGGAGUGAAUGGCGGCUCUGGUGCCUCCGCCAUAUUCCACCAGAACCGCGAGUCGACUGCGCGUGCGUCAAGCUACGCUGAUCGAGCAGGUCGCACAGCAGCCUCUACCCACACUGCCGUCAUUGGUAGCGGCAAAGACGCCGCCCAUUAUUGUGUGGGGUCUGCCCUGAUGAACUCGUGCAACACGCACAGCUGCCAUCACGCUACCAGUUUGCUCUACAACAGCUUGGACAUUCGCCCAGCUGCGGUGCAGUCGCACUCACACUCGCAGAGCCUUUUAGUGGGAUCUUCCCCCAUCAGGAGGUCGAAGUCGCUGUGGCCCAACCAGGCAGUAGAGUUCUAUCACGGAGUUGAUGGUGUUUCCUUCCAACACCACUAGCCCUCUCCGUAAUCUAAUCACCACGCGUGCCUGAAUUACACAAGCGAGUCGGAGCUCGGUGACCGAAGCCUUUCUACCUUGAUUAGUUCCACUAACCGAGAUCAACCCGGCGUCGUUGAAGUUCUAGUUGCAGUACAUCACAUUGUUCAGCGAGAAGAAAGUAAGGCACGAGCGGCGCUCUUCCAAAGCCUUCGACUGAGGUGCGUCGAGCUUCAGAUGCGUGUGCUCAAGAAGCGGGAAGAGGAGGAACGCAUGUCCAUCUUAAAGGGGGAGGUGCUUUGGUGCGUUUUGACAGGCGCUCCUGUGUGGAAGAAGCUACGGCAAGAGCUGCAGUGCAGCUCUCACAAAAUGCACAAAUGAGAGCUGCGUAUGCCUGAAGCAUGCACAGUCGGCGGGGAGAGCGUUCACCGACGUCUCUGCUGGUAUAUGUGUGCUAGCCGCUCAAUCAAGGAGUGUAUGUUUCGAUUGUCCCGUGGUGCUGUACCAUCGGCUCGAUUUCUUCUUCAGAGUGACCACUUUGCCCACACUCGUUGGUGGCGCCUGCUGCAGGCCCUUAGAGAAUAUGUACGAAAAAAAAGGCGCAUCACACAUAUGGGCAAUUGUCUCCUCCCUUACUCAGCAGCCUCCCCAUGACUGUUCAAACGGUGUGGCUGUUUUUCCCAGACGUGAGAGCAUCAGCACUGCCUAGUACGUCACAUUCAACGCCUU